GCACCGCUAAUGUUAGCAUGGGGGUGUGAGGGGCUGUAAGCUAGUGAGACACAGGAUAAACAAAGGGAUGCUGGGAAAUGAGGGCAGGCUUACUCCAGUGGAGAGAGGUGAGCAUUAUCGCUCGUGUCUUGUCAUCAGCAGUCAGCGGUAGAGGAGCAGGAGGGCGGGAACGCGUCCUGGGGUCUUCGCCGGCGCUCGCAGUCAGCUCUGAGACGUCUCUGAUCUCCAGGAUGAUUCUCCGCCUCUCCGGCCGCAUGUCAGAGGAUGAAGACGGGACGCUCCUCGUGAAUCAUCAUCAUCAUCAUCGUUUCCCCGUCCUGCUCCAGGACCAGAGGAUGUAGCAGACAGCUGCAGGUCUCCGCCCCCUUCAACCGCGUCCUGUGGGGGUCCGCCCCUCGUCUUGGUUUUAGACCGGGGGUGCCGUGCGACUUUAGGCGUUCUGUGUUUGCCGCCGUUCGUUGCCACGCCCCCUUUAUUUGUGAUUGAAGUGCAGCUCAGCUGGCCGGCCUAGAGAUGAACGGUUCUCUUUUGACCCCCCCCAGCCCGAGGGCUACAAACUCCUCCCCUUUACCGCCCUCGCCUUCCCCGUCUCCGUCCCCCCCGUCGCCGUCUUUGCUGCCGCUAUCCCCCCGCCCCCCCCCUCUCCCACCUCUCGUGAGCCCUCCAUCCCAGACUCACCCCUCCUCCCUUUCGGACACCCCCACACCGUCCCCGUCCCCCUCCCUCAGCUGGACCGAGUUCUGUGAGCUCCAUGCGCGAGUUGCGGCGGGGGACUUUGCUCGCCAUUUCCGGGCGUUCCUCCUGGAGAACCCCCACUACAGCACCGACUCGGCCGCCGCCUUCUGCCGCCGCUUCACCGACCGCUUUGUGCGCCACUUCCAGAGCGAGCUGGAGGGGGGGCCGCCGCCCAGCCGCAACGACAUGGUGAGCUGGGCCCCCCCGUCGGACGCCACCUCGCUGGAAGAGGAGGAGGUUUCGCCUUUAUCUGCAGCGGCGGGGGCCACCCCGCCCCAGGCCUCAUCCCGACCCGAACCGGCACGGCUGGUUCUGGAGAACCGCGGCGGGGACAAGUUCCAGGACUCCCACGGACAGGCCCUCCCCCCAUCGUCGUCCUCGUCGUGCUGCUCCUCGGUGGGGGGCAACAACGGGCGACGGGAGGAGAGGGGCGUCACGUUCAGCCCCGGGAACGGGGAGGGGCCCGACGAGGACAGCUGGCCCGGUGUGGCCUCCAUCGGGGAGGAGCCUCAGGAGUCCGGGGAGGCCGACCCCUUUCCUCAGGACCCCUCCCCCUCCGCGGUUUCGUGUAAAGAGACCCCCAUCUCCUCCAAAAACAAACUGAAGAAGCGCUUCUCCCUGCGCAGCGUGGGCCGCAGCGUGCGCGGGAGCGUGCGCGGCAUCCUGCACUGGAGGAGCUCCUCCAGCGACUCGGGUCAGAACCAGCUCUCCCCCAGCUACAGCUACACCAUGGGGGUGCAGGACGCCGGCCUGGGUCCCACCACCAAAAGGACCUCCGCCACGCAGCCCCCCACCCCCACCUCCUCCAUGCCGGUGUCCCUCUCCAUGCCUCUCUCUCUUCCUCACUCCUCCUCAUCCUCACUGCCCCCAUCCUCCUCCAGCAGCGCCACCUCGCUGUCUCUGUCGGACGCCGCCCGGGACCGCCGGCGGAGCAACGGUGAGGGGGGGGAGAAGGACAAGUGGAGCCAUCGUCUGGAGAAACUGCGGCUGUCCCGGUCCCCCCCUCCCGUCCUCCUGCCACCCCCCGCCGGCUCCAACCCCUCCUCCAUGCUGCCCCCCAGCAGCGCCGCCGCUGCGGGUCCUCAGAGGAAGGUGGGCCGGCUGAUGCGGGAAGGCGGAGUCAGUGUCAGCUCCUCCAGCGAGGAGCUGGGAGGAAGCCACGCCUUCUCCGGCUUCUCCUUUGGCCUCCUGCACCACGGCACGGACAGCAACAGCGUGGCAACGUCGCCGACCGCCGCUAGCCAAGGAAGUCAGGCGCCGCUCCUCGCCAGCGGGGGGAACGUGCCCUGGAGCGGGGGGCGCUGGCAUAAAUGUCGCCUCGUCCUCAGAGCGAGGGACAGGGAGGGGGGAGAGCGGGGAGAGGAGUACUACCUGGAGUUCUUCAUCCCUCCUAAAGCCUCAAAGCCCCGGCUGACCGUCCACUGCUGCUCCAUCACGGAGGUGAGGAGCACCACGGCGCUGGAGGUCCCGGACAAGGAGAACACUUUCCUGCUGCAGCUGGAGGGCUCAACGCAGUACGUGAUCGAAACCCGAGACGCCAUUCAGAUGAGGGCGUGGCUUAGUGACAUCAGGAACGCCAUCUGCAUCAGUGAACAGGAAGACGCAGAGGGGGGCUGCCGGGGGCCGCUGGACAUCAGCGGGACGCCGGAGGCUGGCGAGCGUCUCUCACAAAUCUGUUACGGGGGCAUCGGGGGCUUCCUGCCGCUCAUGGACCCCCUCCCGCCAGAGCUGCCGCCUCGAGCCCCUCUGGACGAACCGGAUGGCAGGAUUCUCGGGGGAGGCGGGGCUAGCCUGGGCACGCCUUUUGCAGAGACGCCAGACGCCACAGGGUCGUUCCUCUUCUCUGAUGUGGCGCCCGCAGAGGCGGUGGAGCACCCGCUCAGCGAGUGUCAGUGGUUCCACGGGACGCUGUCGCGCCUCAAAGCCGCCCAGCUGGUGCUGGCAGGAGGCCCGGCGAGCCACGGCGUCUUCCUGGUCCGCCAGAGCGAGACGCGGCGCGGGGAGUACGUCCUGACCUUUAACUUCCAGGGCAAGGCCAAGCACCUCCGCCUGUCCCUGAACGAGGACGGGCAGUGCCGCGUGCAGCACCUCUGGUUCCAGUCCAUCUUCGACAUGCUGGAGCACUUCCGGGUGCAUCCCAUCCCGCUGGAGUCGGGGGGGGCCUCUGACGUCACCCUCAUCAGCUUCGUCGGUGCUACCGCCAUGCGCCAGCCAGACUUGACCAGCAGACCCCGUAGCCCCCCCCAGCCUCCUACGCUACCGCCGGGCCGGCCGCCGCCACCGACUCCGCCCCAGGAGAGAGGAGAACUAGAGCUGGCAGGAGGAGCAGUGCCUGCAGGGACAGUAGCAGCCACAGGAGGAGGAAGUGGAGGCAGCGGAGGAGGAAGUGGGGGAGGAUCAGACGAGUGGGAGGAGAGAGAAAGAGACACGCCCCUCCGCCAACUAGAAGCUGUGGAGGGGGAGGAGAGGGACGGCGCGCGGGCUCCUAGAGCCAUUGAUAACCAGUACUCCUUCUUCUGAUGCUGGGAUGGAGGAGGAGCACGUUUGUUUGUGUGCAUGCGACUGAGCGAGCGUGGAUGAGGCGUCGUACAUCAUAGCCAUUUGUAACCAGUAUUUUUAUUUAGCUCGGUGCAGGAGGAGGAGGAGGAGUAAAGUACUAACACUAUGAGGGAAGGAGGAGCAGACAGGAGCAGCUUCACCACUUUAACUAUCCGUACAUUUCUUUAAUCUUUUAGCCAGAUAAGCUUGUUUUUGCCGGUGCGCCUCAAAGCCGGCUCCCCCUGAGGGGCUGGCGGACCCCCAUACCUCACAGCAACCACGGUCUGCAGACAUUUCUGCCACGGGGGUAGACCCCCCCCCCCCGGCGCAGCACGGACUCACCUGUCUGCCGCCUGCGGCUGCAGCUCCAGACCAUCCAGAACGCCAAACUGAAGGGAGCACAACCGCGCUCCCUGAGGUCCCCCAUCCUGCAGACCACCUGAUCGGGACCCCCCCCACCCCCCUGAUCCAGGUGGAGCAGGCGGGUUUCCUGCAGAGUGUUUGAGACGGGUCCAGUGACCUUUGACCUCUAAAGACAGGCUAGAACCAAGAUGUUUGAAGCCCGACGGCGGUUGAGCCAGAGAAGAUCCGGGACGAUGGUCCCGUUGUGGAACCCAACGCUGAUGGAACCUGCUGUAGACGGUUGGCGAUCUGGGCGUGGCGCUGCAUUCUCCUCUGGAUGGUUCCGGUGGUCCGGAUGGAGGUUCUGGUUCUGCUCUCAUACCAUCGUUCAGUUCUCAUGCUUCUGUGCCUUUUCUUUUCGUUUUGUUUGGGGGGGAACCCCCCCCCCCCCCCAGUCUGUUUCCAGGUGACCUUUGUAUUUGUGCCUUUCUCUGUCUGUCGUGCUGCCCCCCCCCCCUGUCCUGUUUAACUCUUCGUGCCUUUCGCUCUCUUCUCUCUUGCUGGGACCGUGUGGGGGGGGCACAGCUGUCUGCCCCCCCGUGUGUUAGUUUCAGGUACUACAUUGAAUUUAAUGAUAUAAUAUAAAUAUAGUGAAACAUGGAA